CAAGGAGUCGUCCAGCAAACGGUCGCAGUCUUGGGUCGAUCAGAGCGUGCCUGUGGUCUUCACCCGUCAUUUCGCCGGAGGCGAUCCUUUCGACCACACACAGCUCGACGACGAGUACGGAAUGAUGAAGGAACAGCGCCAGCGAGUCUUCAAACAUCUCACCGAGAUCGCGGACCUCCUGUUCGCCGCACAGCAGCGCGUCUUCCUAUUCAUGCUUCUCGUCAUGGGUCGGAGAUCUCGUGUCCUACGUUGGGACAGAGCGGGUGUGGUUGUUACGCCCUCCUUCGACUACUACGAGCGACCUGAGUUGCUUCGCGACUAUCUAUGGCGCCUUUCUAACAUGGGAUCGUCUGCACUUGGCUUCAAUCCAAGUGCUACCCGCGUUCUCCCUGGUGAUGGCGACUUCGUACGGAUGGACUCUGCGGCUCUCCAGGACCCCAACGAUGCAGACCACACCGAGCGCGAUCUCACGGACGAAGUCCAGGAGCCCUCGACUUUCGCAUAUGUCCGCGCCAUGUUCGGCGCCUCACUCGCUUCCGAUUGGCCUCGCUAUAGGCUACAAGUUCCCGACGGGAAAGAAAAUCGCAGCUUCCUUGUCGGUAAACCUGUCUUCCGGGCCGAUGGAGUAUUGGGUCGCGGGACCCGCGGCUACGUCGCUCUCGAUUGCGAGACGAAUCUCUUUGUGUGGCUCAAAGACACAUGGCGGGCAGCGUAUAUGAUUGCACAGAGAGAAUGUGACGUCCUGCAGAAGCUGAAUCAGGCGGGCGUGGAAUAUAUCCCGACGCUCGUUUGCCAUGGCGACAUUCUUGACAAGAGCACCGUUACUGCUGACUGUUGGGAGGACACGCAUGCACUCCCGUCCACCGGCAAGCGGAAGAGGGAAGAAGACAUCGGAGACGACACUAGCCAUCGACGAUUCGAAGCAAAGCUCCCUCCCGAUCCAGUUGCACACUCGGGUCGACCUUUACGACCGCACAACCACUACCGAAUAGUAGUCGAAGAGGUUGCCAUACCUCUCAAGAAGUUUCGUAACGGAAGGCAGCUGGCUUCGGUAGUAUUCGACGCCAUUCAAGCACAUUAUCAAGCGUCCACGAAGCCCACGACUCCCGUUCUUCAUCGCGAUAUCAUCUCUGGAAAUAUCCUUAUAUAUCCCAAGGUCCGGUGCAUCGAGGACGGUACGAGGUUGGCCAUGGUGUGGACUGGCCUCCUCGUCGAUUGGGAGCUGUCGAAGCCCAUUGAUGAUCAUGAGGCGUCGGCCCAAGCGACCCAAGCGGAACGUAUGGGUACUCAUCAGUUCACGUCGGUCAACCUCUUGACUCGCCCAUGGAGUCCCGUGAAAAUCUCUGACGAACUGGAAUCGUUCUUUCACGUCCUCGCAUACAACUCCGUCCUCUACCUUCGCUCCAACUGCGACUGCCGCAGCUCAUACAUCGACAACUAUUUCAACGACUACUCUGGCCCUGCGCGUGCUCAUACGUGCGGGUGGAAGUCGUUCGCCGUCGAGAUCGACAACUGGCUUUGUACGCAGGUGCCCUAUAGGAGUAGGCUCCUCUUCGAUAGUCCGAUGGACGACCUCCUUGGCGAGAUACACAAGUGCUUGAAGGCGCACUACAAGGGCCUCAACUAUGACCUUCUGCAAGCGGCCCCUCCGCGUCCCAAAGUGAUACAUCCCCAAAUCUCGGCCGCGCUGAAGUUUAGACCUGCCAUCAGCAUUGCCCGCAUUCGUAUACCGGACGAAGUCCGCAAGCGGUUGAAAAGCAAGAGCCCUCGCCUCCUGACGACACCCCGACGCCCGAGGAUAGGGAACGAGCGCAACAGAUCAUGGACCAUCAGUUCAUCAUGGAGCACAUUGCUAGGAUGCUCCGGAGCUCGCAAUGGCCUGAAGACGAUCGUGUCGAUCCGACUGAGGAACGCCCUACUUCGUCGACCGAUGCGAGCGCGGGCGUGCUUGCUUCAACUGCAACGUUCGCGAGUAACAAGCGUCGGCGGACCUCCAGUCCACCGGCAGAUCGCGACGUGUACUAGUCCGGUUGUCGUCAGGAUGUGGACGUCUGGUCAGUGGCGAAGUUGAGGACCACACCGCUGUUGGCUGUUGUGUGUGCCUGUGGAAUAAGUUCUUUUUCUGUACAACCCACGAACCUCUCGUAUGAACGCUGUUCCCUUCCGUUUUGCACCACGCUGAUACUGCCGUGUGGGGGCAUAUGUAUGUGGUCACU